GUCACCCUCCGACAUGGCGUGGAAGCUGCUUUUCAUCAUUCUCUCUCCAUGUCCAGGUUUCUCUUCUCUUUCCAUCUUCCAGCCCCCCAGGAUCCAGGCCCAGGAGGGGGGUUCCGUCUCCCUCUCCUGCUUGUUCAACAUCAGUCAGGAGGGCCCUGCCAUUGGCUUUGCCACCUGGUACCUGGAUGUGGUAGCCCCAGGCAGGGAGGUAAAUAACAAGACACUGGAAUUCGGGGGUCGCCUAGUCUUCUCUGAUCAAACCCAAUUCAUCUGGGACCGGAUGGUUAAGCUACAGAUACAGGACAUCAGAGCAUCAGAUGCUGGACUCUACCUGUGCAAAGUGGAGAUAUUGGGGUCAGGGAUCGGGACUGGAGAAGGGACCAGGCUGGUGGUGAUGGAAGGUGAGCGUUCUCCUUGGCCAAAGGUGUUCCCACUCUUCCUUCGGGCAGCCCUCUACAUUCUCAGCUUGGUCUUUGUACAGAUAGGGACCGCUCUGUAUUACAAGAGACAAGUCGCCAUCAUCGCCAAAGGACACCAGAGUGCCCUGAAAAUGAGAUGUGACACCCGGAACUUCCCGAGAGAAUCCCAAUAA